CCGUGUGGUCCAACCCGACGUGGAAACGCACAGAUCAGAAACACAUACUGGCCUCAUUUUUGUUCUCUAUUCAUAAUCACCACCUUUUAGGGCCUCGCCGAUGACCUGACAUUACUUGUCCGCAUAAGGGGGCCACAUCCAGGUUGUGUUUUGGUGACUUAAUGGGUGGAAAGAAGAAGAAAUCGGCUGCUCCGGUGACCCCGGCAGCAGCAGCAGCAGCAGCGGGCAGGAGUGGUGCCGCCGCUGCGGCGGGGAACAGCGAAGCUGAGGAGCCGAAGAAACAGCCUGCCAGCAACAAGCCGGUUAAGUCAGCCAAAGACAACAAGUCAAAAGCUCCAAAGACCUACAGUCUUGCCAACACUGCCCAGGUCGACACAGGUGCAGCCUCAGACAAGUCGAUUCUCAAAGUUGCUAUCCAAGCCGACCUUGAGAAGAAGAUCAUCAGGCAGAUCAAUGACUUCAGACAGGAGAAUGGGGACAAAGGGCCCAUAUCAGGCAGACUUACAAGCAAGAAACUGCUGGACCUGUACACAGCUCUGCAGAAGUUCAACUUUAAGAGAGAACACAUUGAGGAGGCGAUGAAGAGCAGUGUGCUCUACGGAGGGGAUCUCCACUCUGCUCUCGACUGGCUCUGCCUCAACCUUAAAGAUGAGGAGCUGCCAGAAGGUUUCAGCCAGCAGAUGCAGGAGGAGAGCCAGAGGAGCAGGCCCAGGUUCCAGGCUCCUGCUCAGCAGAUGCCUGCCGUCCCGAGCCCCAAAGCACCCAACAACGCCGGCAAAGAGACCACCAAGGCCACAGAGAAGGAUGAAGCUGCGAGCAUGAAGGACUGGAUCUUGAGGUAUGCCGAGCAGAGCAGUGAUGAAGAGGAGGAGGAGGAAGGAGGGGAGAACACUGCGCACAAUCCUGAACUGGAGGAAAAGUUUGACCCAAAUGACCGGUAUUUGGUCCUCACUGCUCAACUGUACGACACGAAAGAAAUGGCAGCUGCUGCAAAGAUGAAAGGAGACAAGGCGGGACAGAGGAUGGCGCAGGACAGGAUACGCAUCAUACAGCAAGAAAUGAAGCAGCUGGAGUCCCACCCCAUGUUCAAUCCAGCUAUAAAAGUGGUGGACGUGCCUCAGAAGGAAAAGAAAAUACUUCCUGUCAGAGAGGACAAAGAGGACAUCACCUUCAGUUUAUUUGAACAAGCUGAAAAGGAGCCUCCUGCCGAGAAAGCUGUGAAAAAGAACGAGCCCAAGGACAUUCGUAAUUUUGACUACACGGCUCGCAGCUGGACAGGAAAGUCUCCCAAACAGUUCCUCAUCGAUUGGGUCCGAAAGAACCUGCCCAAGAGUCCGCCACCGGCUUUUCACAAGGUUGCUGCUGGUAGAUAUUGGAGAUCUAAGGUGCGUGUUCAGAGGGCGGAUGAUGUUCUGGAGGUUUGUCCCACCAUCCUGACUGAGGACAGCAUGCAGGCUCAACAUCUGGCAGCCACACUGGCACUCUACAACCUGGUUAAAGGACAGUCAGUGCACCAGCUCCUUCCUCCAACCUAUAGAGAUGUGUGGUUGGAGUGGAGAGACAGUGAGCAGCAGCAACAGGAAGAGAGCCGCACUGCUGCCAACAAACCUCGAGACCAGUUCAUCUCCCGCCUCCUGACCAGACUCAAACAGCAGCAGAACCAGAGCCAGGGGCAGGGCUCUGAAUCCCAAGACCAGGCCGGCAGGCUGGGUGGGGGUGGGGACGAAGAGCCUGAAGAGUCCUGGGAGAACCUGGCUGGUCUUGAUAUUGGGGAGGGAGAGAGGGAACUGGAGGACAAGAGUGAUAAAAGAGGGGGGAGGAGAGAAGGAGCAGGAGCGCUCCAGGCAUCCAGGGAGCUCUUAAUGAAGCUGAGGAAGUCCUCACUUGCCCACAAACUGCAGGCAGAGCGAGAGCAGCUUCCCGUCUUCCAACACCGGCAUCGUGUCCUGGAGGCUCUGCAGCGCCACCCCGUGGUGGUGGUGGCCGGUGAGACGGGCAGCGGAAAGAGCACUCAGAUCCCUCAGUUCCUGCUGGAGGAGCUGCUGACCGGGGGCAAAGCGGCACAGCCCUGCAACAUCGUGGUGACCCAGCCCCGCAGGAUAUCUGCCAUGAGCCUGGCAUGCAGAGUCAGUCAGGAGCUCGGUUGUGAGGAUGGACCGGGAUCGAAGUCGUCGCUGUGCGGAUACCAGAUCCGGAUGGAGAAUCAGUCUGGGGAGUGGACCCGUCUGCUAUACUGUACUACAGGGGUUCUGCUCAGGAAGCUCCAGCUUGACAGAUACCUCAGCUCUCUGACGCACAUCAUUGUAGAUGAGGUCCAUGAGCGCAGUGUCCAGUCAGACUUCCUCCUAACCAUCCUGAAAGAUGUUGUCAUGAAGAGAUCCGACCUGCAGCUGAUCCUCAUGAGCGCCACAGUGGACUGUGACAAGUUCUCCAGCUACUUCAACCGCUGCCCAGUGAUCAACAUCCCUGGCAGGACUUUCCCAGUGGAGGUGUUUCACUUAGAAGACAUAGUGGAGCAGACGGGGUACAUCCUGGAAAAGGACUCAGAGUACAGCCAGAAAAUUCUUGAAGAAGAGGAGGAAGUCAGCGUCUCUGUCACCCAAAAAGGCGGCAAGACAUUACAACACCAGGAGGUGAUAGUGAGGGACUCCCCCUCAGGCUGGGACCUGGGUCCUGAGCUCGACCACUUCAGUAGCAGGACCCGGCAGGUGCUGCAGUACAUGAACCCUAAUAAGAUCAACAUGGAUUUGCUGGUUGACCUCAUUGACUACCUAGACAAAUCCCCACAAUUUGCGGCUUUGGAUGGAGCCGUUCUCGUGUUCCUCCCCGGUCUGGCUCACAUCCAGCAGCUGUACGAUCUGCUCUCUUCAGACAAGAGGUUCAAGGACAAAAGCAGGUACAGGAUUGUUGCUCUCCACUCCACUCUUUCAUCCAAGGACCAGGCUGCUGCCUUCACAGUGCCCCCUGCUGGUAUUAGGAAGAUUGUGCUGUCGACUAACAUCGCCGAGACAGGUGUGACUAUUCCUGACGUCGUGUUUGUCAUCGACACUGGGAAGACCAAAGAAAACAAGUACCAUGAGAGCAGCCAGAUGAGCUCUCUGGUGGAAACUUUUGUUUCCAAGGCCAGCGCCCUCCAGAGGCAGGGGAGAGCGGGACGGGUCCGGAACGGGUUCUGCUUCAGACUCUACCCAAAAUACAGGUUUGAUGCCUUCAUGGAUUACUCCAUACCAGAAAUACUACGGGUCCCACUGGAGGAGCUCUGCCUUCAUAUUAUGAAAUGUCAGUACGGCUCCCCGGAGGACUUCCUGAGCCGGGCGCUGGAUGCUCCUCAGCCCCAGUCGGUCAGUAAUGCCAUCAACCUGCUGAGGAAGAUCGGUGCGUGUCACCCCAGCAAUCAUCUCCUCACCCCUCUGGGACACCACCUGGCGAGUCUGCCUGUCAACGUGAAGAUUGGCAAGAUGCUGAUCUACGGCGCCAUCCUCUGCUGCCUGGAGCCCAUAGCAACGAUCGCAGCAGCCAUCACUGAGAAGUCGCCCUUCUCCACACCAAUGCACAGAAAGGAUGAAGCUAACCUGGCCAAAGCUGCACUGGCAUUGGCCAACUCUGAUCACCUGACCAUAUACAAUGCAUAUCUGGGGUGGAAGAACUCGCAGAUUGAGGGGCCGAGAGCAGAAAUGUCCUACUGUAGGAAAAACUUCCUCAAUCGAACAGCUCUCAUUACGAUAGAGGAUGUGAAGCACGAGCUGAUGAAGAUGAUGGAGCAGGCAGGUUUCUGGUCGUCUCGCUCCUCUUCUCGCUCCAAGCCGCAGGCGGCCUCGCUGUCCAAGCAGCAGAUCUCAGUCCUGAACGCCGUGCUGACGGCAGGGCUCUACGACAGCGUGGCCCGGGUCUUGUGCACCCCCUCUGUGGAUAUGCUUGAGCGAGUGGCCUGCACAGUGGAGACCCCUCAAGGCAAGGCUCAGGUCCAUCCCUCAUCUGUUAACCGCAACCUGCAGACACACGGCUGGCUGCUGUACCAGGAGAAGGUGAAAUACACUAAGAUCUACUUGCGAGACACCACUCUGGUAUCUCCUUUCCCCAUGCUGCUGUUCGGAGGGGACAUCGAUAUUCAGCACAGAGAGAGGCUCAUCACACUAGACGGAUGGAUACACUUUCAGGCUCCCGUACGGAUUGGUGUGAUCUUCAAACACCUGAGGAAGCUGAUGGACUCUUUGCUUGAGAAGAAGCUGGAGAAUCCCAGAAUGAAUCUGGAAGGUGAGAGAACCAUCCAGAUGAUUCUGGAGCUUAUCAAAUCAGAGCAUGGGGCCUGAAAUCGGACCACCAAAAGGGCUAUUUGUCGAAGAAGAACCUGUAAAACCAGGACCUUUUCACACACUAUAAACAGGCUCUGUGUCCAGUGGUCCUGCUGACAAAUUGCUUCCCAUUUCAACUCCGCUAUUCAGGAUUAACACCUGCGGACAAACAGCACCCACAGGACAGAUGUGGGCGUCCUAAGGAUGAACCGAUAGUUACCAGGAACUCUUACUCACAUUGAGGAGGACUGUAGAAUAUGAAAUGCAAAAGGACAUCCUGAAAUUUGAGAGUAAAAAUCAAUAAUGAGAUAAUGAUGUUGCCAACUGUGGUGGAAAUACAACUGUAUUAAUUUUCA